AUGAUAAAGAAUUUAUGGAAGAACCUACCAAAAAAUGACAAAGAAAACCCCACUAAAAAUGAAAUGACGAAUUUAUCGGAAGAACCUACAAAAAAACGACAAAGAGCCCUGAAUAAACCACCAAAAAUGACGAAGAGCCCACAAAAAAUUGAGAAAAGACGACAAUGA